GAUAUGUAACCGUUGCUUUAAUUAGCUCCCCAUCAUUAUAUAUAUAUAUACAUAUAAACCGCCCACACAGCUCCACGCUUCACGACAAAUCCACCACACGGUGCAAUGGACCAACUCCACCAAAUCCGAGCCCUCCCCUACGCCGCCCUCUUCCUUUUCUCCGCCGCCGCCCUCCUCCUCCUCCUCGCCACGCGCCGCUGCCGUCCGGCGACUCCUCCGGGCCCACUGGGCCUCCCGGUAAUCGGUCACCUCCACCUCCUCGGCCCCCGCCUCCACCAAACCUUCCACGACCUCUCCCUCAAAUACGGCCCCUUCAUGCAGCUGUACCUCGGGUCGAUGCCCUGCCCAGUCGUGUCCACUCCCGACCUGGUUCGGGACUUCCUCAAGACCCACGAACUCAAUUUCUCGAACCGGAAACGGUCCACCGCCAUCGAGAUCGUCACCUACAAUUCCUCCUUCGCCUUCUCGCCCUACGCGCCGUACUGGAAGUACAUCAACAAGCUCUGUAUGUACGAGCUCCUCGGGACCCGCAACAUCGCCCAUUUCCAGCCGGUCCGGGACCUCGAGGUCCGGGCCUUCGUCGAGAACCUGGCCAAAAAGGGCGGCGGCGACGCCGUCGUCAACGUCACCGAUGAGCUCAUGAAGGUCACCAGCAACGUCAUCUCCAGUAUGAUGCUCAGCCUCCGGGCGGCGGAGGACGACGGCGACGCCGACGCCGCCAGGACCGUGGUCCGGGAGGUCACCCAGAUCUUUGGGGAGUUUAAUGUUUCGGAUAUGUUGUGGAUUUUUAAGGGAUUUGAUUUUCAGGGGAUACGGCGGCGCGCCGAGGACAUACGGCGGCGGUACGACUCCCUGCUGGAGAGGAUUAUUUCCAGCAGGGAGGAGGAGCGGCGCGCCGGCGGCGGCACCGCCGGCACGGAGCCGAGGGACUUUCUGGACAUGUUGUUGGAUGUAAGAGAUGGGAAAUCUGACGUGGAGUUUACUAGGGAUCAUCUCAAAGCUUUGGUUUUGGAUUUCUUCACGGCGGCGACGGACACGACGGCGCUAACGAGCGAAUGGGCAAUCGCUGAGCUCAUAAACAACCCUAACGUACUCAAAAAAGCCCAAGAAGAAAUCGACCGAGUUAUUGGCCAAGGCCGGUUGGUAAAUGAGUUAGACGCGCCAAAUCUUCCCUACCUCCAAGCGAUAAUAAAAGAAACGCUUCGACUCCACCCUCCGAUCCCGCUUCUCUCUCGAAAAUCCGUGGAAGAUUGCGAAAUUCGCGGAUACAAAAUUCCCGCCAACAGUUUACUAUUCGUCAACAUUUGGUCUAUCGGCCGUAAUCCGAAAUAUUGGGAAAACCCUUUGGCUUUUAGGCCCGAUCGAUUCUUUGAAAAGGGGAACGAGUCCAUCGACAUAAAAGGACAACAUUUUGAGUUAUUGCCGUUUGGAACUGGCCGGAGAGGUUGUCCUGGUAUGGUUAUGGCUAUUCAGGAGUUGAUCAGUAUAAUCGGGAAUAUGAUCCAAUGUUUCGAUUGGAAAUUGCCUGAUGGCGUCGUCGGACCCCUCGACAUGUCCGAGAGGCCGGGAUUGACAGCGCCGAGGGCUAAUGAGCUUUUGUGUCGUGUCGUUCCGAGGAUCGAUCCGGCGAUCGUUUUUCGAUCGCCAGUGAAAGGGUCGUAGAGAAAUGCUUUGGAAGGUUUGCUGUGUGUUGUCUGAGCUAUGUUUGUGCAAUAAAAUUUCAAUUGUGUUC